AUGAACGCAUUGGAGCCAUCCAGGUGAGCACCUAAGCGGACUUACCAUUUUCUCGGCAUACGAUAAGACAAAUUCAGAUCCACUGGAAAAUCCGGAAGUCGUCCACCAAUUUCGCAGUCCUCUGUCUCUCGGAAUAACGCGAAUGUAACAAAAUUGGUUUUUAGCGAGUAAAAAAAACAAAAUCCUCUCAGACUAUUAGUUUCGCUAAUAUUCGGACUAUCGAUGCAUCUUCGAAACGCUCUCAACGAAUCCGAGGUUUUUUGAGAAAUCAGAGAAACAUAUAGUUCAAAAACUCUCCAGAAGUUUCAACGCAAAAUUUCACGGUGGCACCAGUUUAUUCUACCAGUCUGUUUUUUUCUCACAUUUCUCUUUUUUUAUAUUAUAAUGAUCGAUAUUUUAUAAUAAUCGAUUAAAUGAUUAAUCAUUCACAGGCAAUAAUAAAAAUAAAAUGUACAAGAACAAAAAUCUUCACGUUUAUCAUUCUGCAUCUACAGCGCAGAUUUUUGAAACGAUGGGGGUGGUAUUUGCUUUUUCACGAAAAACCUAAAUAUUCUAAUACUCAUAACGAAAGUUCAUUGCACAACACUGGUUAUAUGAAAGAAAAAAAAGAACAGUAAUUCUCGCGCGGAGAAGUCUUUUGACCUACGGUUGCUGAUUACAUCUACUAUUCAAAAGUGUUUCAUGGCAACUUGUUCCAAAAAAGAUUUCAUUCGACGUUUUUUUUAAAUGUUUCGAAAUCAAAACCACUUUAAUUUUUUUUUUGGUGAAAAACUUGUUUCUAACCUUGUUCUUAUUAAAAAAAAAUUCUUAUUUAGAAAAGCCCCAAGAAACUUUGGUAGAACAAAUCAAUUUUUUUUUCGCGCAUUUUUUUUGCUCACAAAGAAUGGUGUUGAAUAUCGUGUCUUUUUUAAUGCCGUUUUCAAAAUAAUUUUUCAAACUCUCCAAAGUUCAGUUAUCUUUUCACUUUUUGACGGAUAUUUCGAGUUUCACGGAAUCAUUUCGAACUCGGCAUUAUAGCGCGUUCAAAGUGAGUUUUUAACACUGAUCAUGAUUGAAUCUAGUGUUAACUAAAGAGUUUUUGAGAAUAUUUUCUAGUGCAUAUAUACUAACUUUUUAAAACAACGUGUCGUAAAGCCCAUUCCGCCCCAACUUGUCUUUUUUUUCUGUUCGAAAUACUGUACCGAAUUGGAUCAAAUUUGACCCCAUUUUAAUUGAAGAUCUUCAUUUUUGCUGUCUCUUUCGCAGUUUUGUAGAGCAAAACGGCACUAUAGUUUGCUCAGAAAAACUUGCGCCUCAAGAUUUUCAUGAAGCUGCGUUCCUAUAAUCACUCUCCCAAUUGUUACCGGAUAAAAUCUAUUUUUCAUUCACCGCUGGCUUGAGACAGCAAUCAAUAAGAUUAUUUAUCAAAUUGGCAUAGGUUUGUAAAAAAAAGGAGUUUAGACGCUCGUAGUACUUUUUUCUCCCAGGCUAGUGAUGAAUAAACUUAACAAAAGGCAUUUUUUCAGUUUUUCCAGCCUUACCAUCCCUACCGUUUCCAAUGGCUUAUCCUCCGCAAAACGCCUUUUUCCCGCCACCACCUCCUCUUUUUCCUCCGAUGCGCCCUAUGUACUUCUAUGGGCCGGAAAUGAUACCUCCUCCACAUGCAUCUUCGCAAUAUUUCUACAGCGAUGAAAACAGGCCGCCUUGCCAGCAAAAGGCCAAGAAAAUUCUGAAGAUCGAGCCGCCGUCCAUCAAAAAGGUCACCAAUUUUUAUUUUUCCCAUCCAUUUUACAACGAUUCUGUUUCAGACUUCUGGGGUCACCCACCGCAAACAAAUGCUCGAAAACAGAAAACAUUUCGCAUUUGGUCUUACGGUAAAAUACUAUUUUUAUUUUCGUAAUUGAAUAAUAUAAUUCAGGACGCUGAAAACUCUAUGGCUCAAACGCCGGAAAAGGUAAGAAACAUAUAUAAGGAAAAAAAGAUUAUCUUUCAGAAUGAUUCAAAGAGCUGGAUCGAUCUCAACGCAAAGGUUCCUUUUUCAAUGUCUAUUUUUACCUAGGAGUAUUUUUCGAGUUAUGCAUGAACUCGCAAGUUUCUCGUUUUGAGACUAGAUCUUUGAAAAUUUCCACAAAAUGAAUGAAAGAACGGUUUUUUUAUAUCAAUUAUAGUUUUGGAUAAAGUGUCAACAGGCAGUUUCGACUUGAGAUUUUUUUUGUCGAUUUCAACUCUAUAAAUUUUUUUUUCAAAAUUUGUCGUUUCUAAAAUCUUUUGCUCCAUUUUUUUUUAUCAUUUGCAAAACAGACAAAAAAAAGGUAGGAAAUCGUAAACUCCACUUGGAUUAUGUUCGGACUGUCAAAUAUCUUUUUUUUUCUAGGAAUUUAUACCUUCACGAUCUAUGAAGAAAGAAAAGAAGUCGUCUUCUAAUGAUUUGUACUAUACGACAGAUCCUGAGUUUUUUUCACGAAUGAAGAUGAAAUUUUAUUUUUUCUAACAUUUCAGUGAUUUUCCGGAGAGUUCUAUGCAAACUCCUCCCAUUGAAGAUUCGAGCCCUACGCAAAAAUCUAGCGAGCAGAAUAAUUUAACCAGGUUAAUUAUUUUUGUCGUUCACUAGCCAUAUUUUAUAAUCAUUUCUUUUUCAGCCCGGAGAAAGAAACGCCUGCCGAAAAGAACAAAACAAAAGAUGAUGACUUCGAUUGGUCUUCGAGGAAUAGGUUAGUUCCCCUCGAACUGUAUAUUCUUUUCAUUGAUAUUUUCAGUAAGUUCAUUGGGCUUAGAAGCGACUUCAUCCCCAAGCCGAAACCUGCGCGAAAACUUGAGGUUCAUUUUCUUUUUUCUGGAUGAGUAAGAAGUAGAAAUAAAUCUAUUGGGUAACCAUUUCACUAGCGGUUUUUUUAUACAAUUUCGAAAAAAACAGUGAUUUUUUGGAAAAUUGAAAAAAACUUUCGAUUUUUUUGAUAGUUCCUUGUUAACUUUUUCUUUUUUUCUGUCGAUUUUUUUGUUUCUAUAAUAUUCUUUCUCAUCUCCCAGAUUGAUUAUUUUUUUGAGAGAAAAAAACGAGAAAAAUUAGAGUUUUUAAAAAAAUUUGAACUUGAAAUAUUUUCCCUUGAAAUUUAUUUUUACAGUUCUCCAAGACACCGAGAAAUUCUUGGAAAUCUAUAUCAAGUAUGUUUUUACCCUUAAGAUGUAGAAAACCAGCUUUUUUUUGUGAAGAUUUGCAAACGGAGGCAGAGGAAAACGCUAACAUUUUCAAGUUAGUUUUAUUUCAUCCAAAAAAAGAUUCAAUGAAAAUGUUUCAGAAAGCUCGCCAAUCAAAGGAUUCUUUCCAAGGACUUUGGCAGAUUCCUGACUCUUCACACGUGUAUGUCAGACCAGGUUUGGACCAUAUAAAGUUAUUCGAAAAAAAUUCUUUUUAGAAAAAAAUUAAUUAGAAACCUUGAAAAAUUCAACAAUUCGAAUGCCCUUUUUUUCAGAGCAAGGUGUGGUAGAUCUAACGGAGUUUAAAAAAACAUUUUAAACUUAUUUUUUUCUUAAAUUUUGUAAAUGUAAAUCGUAAGUUAGAAGCAACACACUUUCGUAGAAAUUCAUGUUAUAGAUUCUUAAAAUUAUAAUGUUCCAAUCGAAGAGGAAAAAUAAAGACUUUUUAACUACUGUUUCGAAGAAUAUUUUCAGCUCUGCCUUGCUGAGAAAAUGAACGAUGCGACGUCAGCGUCAGUUUGGAAGAAGGCUAUCGCCGACGUCGAAAACCGAGCCAAGCAAAUCUUCAGUUCUGAUUAA